ACCUGGACGACAAUAAGGUUUACUCAAAUACGAGUUCGAAAAACGAAGCUGAAAAUAACUUUAAGGCAACACUGAUACCAAGAACUCCUCUUCUUCUUUUUCUAGAUAAAGAUUUCCUCUUAUGUUGCCCAGCUAUAUAUAUAUAUAAGCCGGGAGAUGGCGGCAGCAUAUGCCAGGCCUCCUGCCUCCACGAAAAGGCGGGGCAGGUACUACCGGAGCACACCCACGACGUCAUGUGGUGGCCGUGGCAGUGGAGCGCGCUCGCCGCCGCGGCGGCGUGCUUCUGCCUGCACGUGGCGGCGGCGCGGCUGAUGGAGGCGCUGUGGUGGCGGCCGCGGCGGCUGGAGCGGCACUUCGCGCGCCACGGCGUGCACGGGCCGGGGUACCGCUUCUUCGUCGGCAGCUCCAUCGAGCUCAUCCGGCUCAUGGUCGACGCGUCCUCCCGCCCCGCGCCGCCCGAGGCGCCGCACGACGUCCUCCCCAGGGUGCUCGCCUUCUACCACCAUUGGAGGAAGCUCUACGGUCCGAAGUUCCUGAUUUGGUUUGGGAGCACGCCGCGGCUGACGAUCAGCGAGCCGGAGCUGAUCCGGGAGGUGCUGCUGUCGCGGGCGGAGCACUUCGACCGGUACGAGGCGCCACCGCUCGUUUGCCAGUUCGAGGGCUACGGCCUCACCAACCUCCACGGCGACGAGUGGGCCCGCCGGCGCAAGACCCUCGCGCCCGCCUUCCACACCGAGAACCUCAAGCGACUCGUGCCGUUCGUUGGCGAGACGGUGCAGCGGAUGCUGGAGGAGCGCGUGCUGGAGGCGGCGGGCGGCGGCGAGGUGGAGGUGGAUGUCACCGAGUGGUACCCACGCCUGCCGCAGGAGGCCAUCACUCUGGCCACGUUCGGCCGGAACUUCGACGAGGGCAGCGUCGUGUUCCGGCUGCUGGACGAGCACGCCAGCUACGCCACCGAGGCGCACACCAAGGUCUUCAUCCCCGGCUACAGGUUCCUCCCGACGAGGAGGAACAGGCGCGUGUGGAAGCUGGACAGGGGGAUCAGGAGGCUCCUGGCCAGGUUUGUCGCCGGCAUGCAGAGCCGCGGCGGCGACCGCCAGGGCGAGAGGCGGGAGGACGGCGGCGGCGUGAGGGACUUCAUGAGCUUCAUGGCGCCGGCCAUGACGGCGGAUAAAAUCAUCGAGGAGUGCAAGAACAUCUUCUUCGCGGGGAAGGAGACGCUGACCAACCUCCUCACCUGGGCCACCGUCGCGCUCGCCAUGCACCCGGAGUGGCAGGACCGGGCGCGCUGGGAGGUCCUCGCCGUCUGCGGCCGCCGCGGCCUCCCCACCAAGGACCACCUCCCCAAGCUCAAGACCGUACCUUGGGAUGAUCGUGAACGAGACGUUGAGGCUGUACCCGCCGGCGGUAGCGAUAAUCCGGAAGACGAAGCGGGACGUGGAGCUCGGCGGGUGCGUGGUGCCGGCGGGCACGGAGAUCCUGAUCCCGAUCAUGGCCGUGCACCACGACACCAACGUGUGGGGCGCCGACGCAACGGAGUUCAACCCCGCGCGGUUCGCGGACUCCGAGGCGGGCAACAACCGGCCGCGGCACCCCAUGGCGUUCAUGCCGUUUGGCGGCGGCGCGCGGGUGUGCAUCGGGCAGAACCUGGCGCUGAUGGAGGUCAAGGUCGCGCUGGCCGUCGUGCUGCAGCGGUGCGAGUUCCGGCUGUCGCCGGCGUACGUACACGCGCCCCAGGUGCCCAUGAUACUCAAUCCGCAGCACGGCGCGCCGGUCAUCUUCCGGCCGUUGUGACCCACGGCUAUCCCACAUAUCAGCUCAGAAAUCCUAUUGGAUUCCAUUGAUUCCUUCCUGUAAAUUAUCAUCUCUCGUUGUUAACUGCAAAUAUAUAGAAGUAUACCAUACGUGACAAGUAUCGGAUUUAGAAAGAAGGAUAGAAAAAAAAUCUUUUCUAGCUGUUACUUUUCAGACUUCUUCGUAUAUGUUAUUUGGCUCUUUCGGUUCUGAACAGAAAAUAGGCAAUGCAUCUGCCGGCUUUAAGGACUGGGUGAAUUCGAAUCUUCAACAGUCCUGAAUUUCACACAAACAAAAUAAUGUGCAGUAUUUGCAAACAUGAGACAUCAAAACAUG